AUGAAUAUAGUCUGUACUCAUAUCGUGACUAUGUUCAACAAUUUAAUAUGUUUAAAAUUUCAUCCAUAUUCCGAUAUUUAUGUUGCCAGAGAGGAACGAUUAUCAUUCAGUUUAAGUGAACCUCCAAUAUUUUUUUCUUCAAGUUUAAUGGAAUUACAUAUUAAUGUUGAAGAUUUUACUGACUGUCUUUAUCUACUCGAUGGUCGUUUCAAACAACUUCAUACUUUCUAUGUUGAUGUUCAUUGGUUUCCUCCUCCAUCACCAGUGAUUAUUAACAAGGAAGAAUUAAUCCAUUUGAAAUGUUUUUCAUUGACUUGUGAUUUAAAAAUGUUGUUUUAUGAAGAAUCGGUUGUACCUCUACUACAUCGAAUGUCGAAUAUAGAACAACUAUCCUUGUAUAUCAUCAUCGAUCGUUUAUAUGAUCCUUAUAACUCAUUUGUCGAUGGAGAUAAUUUGAAAAAAGAUAUUAUUUGUCACAUGCCAAAGUUAAAGAAUUUUGUAUUUAGUAUUCACUCCAUUAUAAAUCAUCUUGAUUUUUCAAUUAAUUUACCAUCAAAUCAAGACAUUCAACGUACAUUUAAAGAUCUUGAAGAUUAUCAAAUUGUUUCUUAUAUCGAUUAUUUUCCAAAUGAAAAAAGUGGUCGAUGUCAUAUCUAUUCGUGUCCAUCUCAAAUGAGAUAUUACUACAAACUUGCAAAUAGUUUUCCAGGUGGAUUAUUUAAAUCCGUUCGGCACGUAUUUCUCUACGAUGAACAUCCUUUUGAAUUCGAAUUUUUCAUUCGAAUUGCUCAAGCAUGUCCAUUCCUUAAAACAUUAGUUAUGGAAAAUGAAUCACCACAAAACUAUGAACAAUUUAAGAAAUCAAACGUCGACAAUCGAAAUUUACCAAUUAUUAAAUAUCCUCAUCUUACUUUACUCAAUCUCUUGUGCGCCCAUAAUGAUUACAUUGAACAAUUUCUAGAUAAUACGAAAACUUGUCUAUCAAAUAAUAUUCAUCUUGUCGUCGAUUAUAAUUCUUUACAAACAGUAACAUACAACUUUACAAGGAAUACAACGCGAGUUAAUUGCGUUAAUAUACGACUUGAUAAAAUCGCGAGCGAUCCUAUCUUUACUGAAAAUUUAACAUUAAUGAAACGUUCUUCGAAUGGUGUUAUCAAAUUACUGGAUGAUUCAAUAUUUGAUCGCUUUUAUUCACAGAUAUUGCCUAAAAUUCAUCAUAAAAUCAAGUGGCUCGACCUUGAACCAUUAUCUAUGGAACGUAUUCUUCUUGCUGUUGAUUACCCAAAUUUACAUGGACUCUCUCUUUUCAAUAUUGAACGUGAACUAGGUGUACGUCUGUUUGGUGAAGAGAGUCAUUUAGAUCGCAUCUUCAAAAAUCAAAUUACAACACUGAACAUUACACUUGCUGAAAAUAACAUAAUAGCAUCAACAUCGGAUAUAAUGAAUAUAGUGUGUACUCAUAUCUUGACUAUGUUCAACAAUUUAAUAUGUUUAAAAUUUCAUCCAUAUUCUAAUAUUCAUGUUGCCAGUGAUGAACGAUUAUCAUUCAGUUUAAAAGAACCUCCAACAUUUUUUUCUUCAAGUUUAAUGGAAUUACAUAUCAAUGUUGAAGAUUUUACUGACUGUCUUUAUCUACUCGAUGGUCGUUUCAAACAACUUCAUACUUUCUAUGUUAAUGUUCAUGUGUUUUUUUCUCCGACACAAGCAAUUAUUAACAAGGUACCAGGGCUCGAAACGGGCCUCAUUUUUAUGGCCCAGCCCGGCCCAACGCGGCCCAGCUAA